UUUUUAAAUCGUAUUCACUAGAAAAACAGAGAUUCAUAGAAAUUUGUGCAUGGCAUGAUUUAGCUGUGUCUUGAUCCCAGCCUUCUUCGUGAUUUGGGCCUUAUUACAAAGUUUCAAAGAUAUAAUCUUUGAGAAGUUUUUUAACAAGCAACACCAAACCGAAGAAAGAGAAGCUGGGUGCUCAGGAAAUAACUCAAACUCGCAUGGCUGACCUCCCCCUACUGCGAAAGUAAAGGAGGAUUAGCAGAUACACUUAUAUUUUGUUCCUACAGGAGUCAGUCUUAAUGAUAGAUCAUACUAAAAGUACUGUGUAUUAUCUUGAAGUCCAACUGACGUAUGUCCUGCUAGGUAAUUGUUGAUCUGGAAUUUUCGAGAAUUUCCUCUUAAAAGCCAGAUCUUAAAAAGUUUUACUAAAAACUU